AUGGUCACUGUGGAUAGCCUGGCAUCCGACGACUCGGAGAAUUUCAAAUUCUUCGGUUUGGGAGGAUGUAACGAAGUUGGGAGAUCAUGUCACAUUAUCGAGUACAAAAAUAAGGUGAUCAUGUUGGACUCGGGUGUUCAUCCAGGACUUAGUGGAAUGAAUUCAUUGCCAUUUUUCGACGACUACGACUUAUCCAAGGUGGAUAUUCUCUUGAUCAGUCACUUCCAUUUGGACCAUGCCGCUUCUUUACCAUAUGUGAUGCAGCAGACCUCUUUCCGUGGACGUGUGUUCAUGACCCAUGCCACUAAGGCAAUUUACAGAUGGUUACUCACCGAUUUCGUGAAGGUCACGUCCAUUGCUGGAAGUGGAGACGAUGCACGGUCUGUAGACAACCAGCAAAAUAGUGGAGGCUCUGCAAACUUGUACACUGACGACGACUUGAUGAGUUCUUUUGACAAGAUUGAAACUAUCGACUACCACUCUACUAUCGAGGUGGAAGGUAUCCGAUUCACAGCAUAUCACGCCGGCCACGUUUUGGGUGCGUGUAUGUACUUGGUGGAGAUUGGAGGCUUGAAGGUGUUGUUCACUGGAGACUACUCUCGAGAGGAGGAUCGUCACUUGAAAGUGGCUGAAGUGCCUCCCGUGAGACCAGAUAUUUUGAUCACUGAAUCCACGUUCGGUACAGCAACACAUGAGCCACGUCUCGAGAAAGAAUCUAGAAUGAUGAAGAAUAUCCACUCAACCAUUCUAAAAGGUGGGCGUGUAUUGAUGCCUGUGUUCGCUUUGGGAAGAGCUCAAGAGCUUCUAUUGAUUUUGGAAGAAUAUUGGUCACUCAACGACGACAUUAAAAACAUUAGUAUAUACUACGCCUCCAACCUUGCUCGGAAAUGUAUGGCCGUUUAUCAGACGUAUACCAGCAUUAUGAACGAAAAGAUUCGGCUUGGCUCGUCUUCAUCCGAGAAGACAAACCCCUUCCAGUUCAAAUACAUCAAGUCCAUCAAGAGCAUAGACAAGGUCCACGACAUGGGCCCAUGUGUGGUUGUUGCUUCGCCGGGUAUGUUGCAGAACGGUGUUUCUCGUCAAUUGCUUGAGAGGUGGGCUCCAGACCCCAAAAACGCUGUCAUUUUAACAGGUUAUUCCGUUGAAGGUACAAUGGCCAAGGAGUUGCUCGCAGAACCACAUGCUAUUCCCUCUAUAGCCAAUCCAGAAGUUGCAAUCCCUCGUCGUCUCUCAAUAGACGAGAUUUCCUUCGCUGCUCAUGUUGACUUCCAGCAGAAUGCUGGUUUUAUAGAGGAAGUCAGCCCCCGCAAAAUUAUUCUUGUUCACGGUGACAGCAAUCCAAUGGGAAGAUUGAAGUCUGCCUUGUUGAGUAGAUAUUCGUCGAGAAAGGGAACUGAUGAAGAGGUGAAGGUGUUCAACCCUAGAAACUGUGAGGAGCUUCUUAUAGGUAUCAAAGGAGCAAAGAUUGCCAAGGUGGUGGGUGCAUUGGCAGAAGCAGAGAUUCAGCUUGUGAGAGAGGCUAUGGAGAAGCAAUUGGCAGAAAAAAAGAUCGAGCUUCUCGAAGAUGACAUGAAUGUGGAAGUAGAAACUGAAGAGAAAGACACAAUCAAAGGAGAAGAGAAAAAAGACGCAACCAACGAACAGCCUAAGAAGGAUGACAUUAAGCAAGAUCAUUCUAAGAAAGAUGAAUCCAAGAAUGAGGAAGAGCAGAAGGACCAGUAUAUCAACACGGGAGUUGUCUUAUCUGGAGUGUUAAUCUCCAAAGAUUUUGAUCUAAACUUGUUGCAACUUGAAGAUCUCCAGGAGUUUACCCAAUUGUCCACUACAGUAGUGAAAUCCAAUAUGAAAUUGAAGAUCCAGGCUACCGUCUCUUUAAUCCAGUGGCAUCUUGAGCAGAUGUUUGGUUCGAUCGAGAUUCUUCAGGACAAUGAACUGUCCUGGGAGUGUCUUAUUAUGGACAUGGUCUACAUCAUCGUCGAUAGAGCACUGUCGUCCGAUGGUUUGAACAUCACGGUGGAAUGGGUGAACUUCAACAACAUGGCUGAUUCCAUGGCUGAUAGUGUUGUGGCCAUUUUAUACUCCGUGGAUUCAUCCCCAGUUUCAGUGAAGCUCACGUCGAAGUCGCACUCUCACAGUCACAUCAAAGAGGAACCAAGCGACGGAGAAGUGAGCAAAGAGAAGGUGAAAAGGAGUGCUCACACAGUAAGCGAUAUCGGCAGCCGGAUCCACCGGAUUUCAUCAUUGUUGAAAUCUCAAUUUGGAGAUGCCAUCACCUCUAUUGAUUCAAAGGGUGCGAAAAUCGUCAUUGGAAAGGCUGAGGCUACAAUCGAUUUCCAGACGCUUGAGGUUGCAUGCGGAUCUCGAGUUUUAAAGGAUAGAAUCGAAAAUUUGACGGAAGUGGAACUUCAACAGCUAGAGGAGUUCGAAUUCAACCAUGGUCCCAUGUCGUUAAUCCAGACCUCCAUGAAGAAUGGCACACCUGUGGUCAUUUACUGUCGAAAUAACCACAAGCUUAUUGCAAAAGUCAAGGCAUUUGACAGACACUGUAACUUGAUUCUCGAGGACGUGAAAGAGUUGUGGACAGAGACUCUCAAGAAUUCCAAAGGCAAGGUAAUCAAGACCACGUCGAAGGAGAGAUUCAUUGCUAAACUUUUCUUGCGUGGAGACUCUGUCAUUAUAGUUUUGAAGGUUUAG